UACACAUGUACGGGAAAGAGAGAGCUGGGAAGUGUGUGUGUGUGUGUGUGUGUGUGUGGGUGUCACACGCAAAAACCAGACACUCAGCAGAAGAGAAACACAGACUUGAAGCUGCCGACAAAAACAUUAUAAUGAUACUUUGUUUUGUGGAUUUAAAGGCAUUUGGAUGAACAAAUCACUGGAUUGUAAAGCGCAGGACGGACCCUGGAGAUCAUGGAAUAUGAGAGUGCUGUCUCAGCACCGGCUAACCAAUCACAGUACAGCAACUCCUCCCUGGAUCCUGAUUGGCCGGCGAGAACUUCGGAGUACAGUGAUGCAGAGCUGGUGCUGCUGGGUGCUGCCAUGGCUAUUCUGGUUCUGGCCAUAGUUUUUGGUAACGUGCUGGUGAUUACAGUCAUCCUGAGGUUCCACCGGCUCCAAACAGUCACCAACUUCUUCAUUGCCUCGCUGGCCGUUGCCGACCUCAUCAUGGGUUUGGUUGUGGUCCCCUUUGGCUCCAGCUACAUCCUGCUGGGAACCUGGCAUUUUGGGAACUUCAUGUGUGAAUUCUGGACAGCAACUGACGUGCUGUGUGUAACGGCCAGCAUCGAAACCCUGUGUGUCAUCGCAGUGGACCGCUACCUCGCCAUCACCUCGCCACUACGCUACCCGACACUACUCACCAGGGGUCGGGCGUUUGCAGUGGUCCUCGGGGUUUGGGCAGUGGCCUCCCUCAUCUCCUUCCUGCCCAUCCAUCUGAAGUUAUGGGUGUCAAAAGAUAAGAAAGCUCUCCAGUGCUUGGCCAAUGAGAACUGCUGUGAUUUCAACACCAGUGCAGCGUACGCAGUGUCCUCCUCGAUCGUGUCCUUCUACCUUCCGCUGGUGGUGAUGAUUUUCCUGUACACCCGUGUCUUCCAGGAGGCUCAGAAACAGCUGGAGAAGAUCAGAGGGAGGGAGAGGCACCUUUAUAACUUGCAUUACACUGCACAGCUGACUUAUCCCGAUGAUAGUCCAGCAAUGAAUAAACGGGCAGGAGCUGAGGUGGGAGAAGAAGUAGGAGAGGACAGACUAAACAAGCAGAAAACGGGAGAUAUAGACGAUUUUAAGGUGGAAAAGUCUGGCGAGAACAGAGCAAGGACAGAAAAGGGGGAAGGGAGACAUUCUGCCGCAAAGCGUCUUAAGUUCUGUCUGAAGGAGCACAAGGCUGUGAAAACUCUGGGGAUCAUCAUGGGAACCUUCACGUUGUGUUGGCUGCCCUUCUUCAUCCUAAACAUCCUCAUGACCUUCCUCAACUUGGGUGAUAUCAAGCUGCUCUUCAGACUCCUCAACUGGCUGGGAUACUCCAACUCAGCCUUCAACCCGCUCAUCUACUGCCGCAGCCCCGACUUCAGGCACUCCUUCCAGGAGGUACUCUGUUUGAGGAGCAAAUGGGGGAGCGGUGGAGGGAGGAGGGGACAGGGAUGUUGCGGGGACAGAGAUUGUUACCCCAAACCCCCAGAUAGGACCAAUGGGAGCUCAGACCUGAAUGGUGUCAGGGGUCUGGACCAUAAGCAGAGGUCAAGGUGGAAAGGCAGUUUGGAGAGCUCCAUCCAGGACAGCUCACUGACUCUGGCUCCUCCGGCUUCUUGCCCAGAGCAGGUUUUAGAAGUAGCUCCUGGUUCCCUGACAAACUGGCAGGCUAACCGUUCUUCUAAUGGGAGCUGUAAGGAAAGUCUGGCUUCUAUUGCUUGAACAAGUAGGGUGUUGGUCUUUCCACUGUGUGUGCAAAGUCAUGCUGUAAGCAUCAAUUUGAUAGAGCUCAAAACGUUUGCUUUGGGUUGAUAACUUAUAUUUCGAAUCACUGUUCCUCUUCACUGCUGUAGAUUUCAGUAUUUGUAAGCCUUUGGAAAGGUCUGACUUAAACCUUUAAGUGGUUUUCCAAGGCAUCAUCGCACAACUUAUUGAGGUACAAUAAUUAUUAACACAAUGCAAAAGGAUACAAAAAGUACAGCCUCAAAACAAUGAUAACCACACUAGCAAAGUGAAGCUAUAACAUUACGCUUCCUCACAUUGGUACAAUGGGGCUAUUAAUGAAAGAUGUCUCUAUUUUUUGUUCACCUCCAGUUUAUACCAACAAAAAGGUGAUCUUUUGAUUGACUGCUUAAUUCAAUUCAAUUCAGCUUACUACUGAAUUACAGGAAAUAUUUCCCAAAUCAAAUUCCUUUAUUAAAGGCAGUCAAAGAUGAAAUUCUUUGCCGUUGGUUAAAAGUGUAGAGAAUCAGCCACUGGCAGAAAGGUUGCUGGUUCAAAUUCCACUUGCACACUGUCAGCUCUUCAAAACUACAGUGGAAGCGUUGUUACGCAAAUAUAUUGCAGCAUCAACUGCUUACCACCAAUGGUAAAAGAUUCAGACCGUAUUGAACAACAUGAUCUGUGGGUAACAUAGUUUUAUUGCUCAAAAAUAGUUUUACAACUGUGAGGAUUUAAACAGAUUGUGUUUCAAUCAUUAUGAAUUCAUACCAGCCCCUGACUGAUCAUUUUCUACACAAACCCACCACAUUUGCAGUGUUAAUAACCUUAAGGAAUUGGCACAACCAGCCAUUCUCUGAAGCAGAGAUUCGAAAAAAAAAAUUUUAUAGCUAAAAAGUCUUAUUUGAAACAGAUGAUCUCAUUUGAGGCUCACUUAUAAAAACCUCCUCAGAAUUUUGUUUUUCAUUCCUGCCUGAUAAACAUCACAGCUGGUCCAAGAUCAUUUACUGGUGUAUAGUUGUGUUUCAGACAAACAUCUGAGACUUGUGACUAUCAUAACUUUCUCUCUUUGUGUUCACUUUCUUUCAACACAUAUUCGCUGAAACUAUUUUAUUUCUCCUUAGCUCUCCAAACAUUAGCAUCUACCCACUCCUUGCUUUUAUCCUAUCGUCUUUAGCGCAAUUUUUAUCCGUCAGACAGAGCUGGGGAGAUCAUUUUCGUGCAGUGGGAUGUGUUUUUAAAACAUUGCCAAAAAAGAUAACACAUAUUCUUAAUGCUUACUGUUCAUAGUACUCAGAAACGGAAAGUGUGUUUGGAUUAGUUUUUAAUAUCUUUAUUUUCCAAAUUCAAAGUGAUGAUGAUAAAGUAGCCAGCAUACAGUUUAUCUAUAAACACAACCUGGAAUCAGAUUACAUUAUAUUCACAUUGUGAAAAUAAUCUUCCCAACCCUGCUUCUAUAUGUAUAUAUAGUUAUUCAAUGUGUGUCUGGGGGUGUGUAAAAUGACACCUGAACAAGUUAUUGAGGGUCAAUAAUUGUCAUGUGUGUGAAGUAAAUAUGAUCUGCAUGUGUGUGUCUGUUUGUAUGUUUUUAGUACUGGUGAUGUGAGCUUCAAAUAUACCAUUGAAUAUUUGUAAUUAACUGAAAUGUGUAUGAGACUUGAUUAACUAACUGUUGAAAAAUGUAUAUUUUUUAAAUAUCAUAUCUAGUUUAUGUAUCUAGUUUACAAAAAAGAACAAAAGAGUUGUUUUAAUGUUGUAUCAUGUCUGUUAAUACAUGUGGAGUUCAAGCAGCACUGAAACACGAGUCUACACUCAAAAAUGAUUUUUGUCAUUGUACAUUUUAUUUAACUGUAGAUUUUUCUUGAAUUACUGAGAGAAACUAAAAGUUGUCAUGUGUUUAGUUUUUUUCCCAGAGGAGUGAAGUUCUGUUUUCUACCUCCAUCAGACUCACAUGAAUGUUAUCUCAUUUCUGCAAAUAUUUAUUCAAAAGCUGUUCGAUAUCGUGUGAGUUGAGAAUGAAGUUUUGAUAUUGUGUUGUUUGAAUCUGUUGCUCAGCUAUGUGUGUGAUCUCAAGAGACAUGCCUCCAAAAAGAUAUAUAGAGAGAGAUAGGGUUAACAUGAGCUUGAUACUAUUCACAGCUUGCUUUUUAACAAACAGCCUGGGGAAUCAGGGUUAUUUGGGUCAAACAAGCAGUUGCCUUUGUGAUUUGAAGUCAGUGAAAUGACAUUCUCAUUUUCUUCUGUUACAAAAUAUCAGGAAACACAUCUUGUUAGACUGGAUGCUAAUCUAAUCCUUCCUUUAAACAGUGCCAACUACUGCAUUGCACAUUUUUUAUUUAAGCAUUGGCACUAACUGACAAUAAACAAUGGACAUUGUGAUUUGUCAAGUGGAUGGUAGGGCAAACUAAAAACACAGUCUGACCACGAGCAUGCUGUUGACCGAGAAGAGCAUUUAUCCAAAAAUCAUCUCAUUAAAUCUUAUUUUCAUAAGGCAUAUGAUAAAUUACAGUACCUCUGGCAGUUUGGGGGGAAAAAAAUCAUUGAAAGGCUCUUUGUCAAUAAAAUAAAUAUGACCAGGAAAUGUGAUUCUCGGCGUGCUGCAACUUUAACCUUUUUAAUCGAGCCCAUGGGACAGAGGCUUUUUGUGCUUAUUCAGUCAUCCAAACAAUUAAUGAAGACUCGGCCUGUCUGCUUGCAUUCAAGUUAACACGUGUGUGUGUUUGUGUGUGUGUGCGCCCGUGCGUGUGUAUGAGUGUGAGGCAUGACGUACAGUGACAGGUGCAGGCGGUCACAGCAGCUACAGUGUCAGCUGCUGCAGAGGAAAUACAAUCAGCUAUACUGCUUCAAUUCACACACAGGCAGCUUUACAACUCGAUGGGAAAGCUCACUGUGAAGCCUAUGUGUGUGUCUGUGAAGGCCGCCUGUGGCCUGUUUUCAUGGAACAAGUUUCUAAUUUAAGUAUGUAAAGGUUGACGUACCUAAUAUGCAUGUCUCUUUGUUGUGUGUCCUCAGCUGUAUCUAUUAGUGUCAUGUCUUUUUUGUGUUUGUUUUAGUAUUAAAACCUAUA